GACCUAAUUUUUUGCGUGUGUGUUCCGUGAAUAGUUUUUCCCGAAAAACGAAUAAACAAAUAGAGCAAAAAGCAAUAAUCUAAUACGCAUAAAAAAGAAAAAUAAACGCAUACUGAGGCCAAACGCGUGUCGUGCGUAAUGAAAGUGAGAAUAUGCGGCAUCGCGAUUUGUUGCUGCAACUUUAAAAGCAAAGAAUGUGUUAAAAAGUGAAAUGUGUAUUAAUAUUUGUGAACAGCAGCCAGCCCAUAUAACGGGAGUGCGCGCCGCAGUCAGCGUCGACGUCGGCGCUGGCAUUGCCUUCAUUUCGGCAUUUCCAAAUGUGCAAUUUUUGUGAAAUUAUCUUCACAAAACUAACUACAAUAGCAACACAGCAACAAUUUAUGUAUAUAUGUAUGAGUGUAUGUAGCUGUGUAUGCAAAAUGUUGUUGCUGCUGCCGCCGCAGUUGUUGUGUCAUAGCGAGGUAUUGGGGCAGCCUUAGAAUUGGAGCAGCCGCCUAACUGAAAGAAAAAGCAAAUACCCAGCAAAACCAACAACAACAACACCUCAUCAAGUAAAUAUGUGUAUAUGUGUGUGCGCUCUCGCCGCGUCGCGUGUCUGCUUGUGUAUUUGUAGUUUUUGUUUUUUGUUUAAUACAUAAAAGGAAGCUACAAUCGUCGUUGACGCCACAGUUUUGCAAAAAAAAAUUCUACACAUGAAAGACAACACUAAAAGCGAAUAGCAAAAGCGAAACGGAACGAAACCAAAGACGAAGGCGAAUAGCAAGAGAAUUGGCGCAGCAGCAAAUAAUAAGAAUACAAUAAAAAAAAAAAAAACAACAACAAGACAAAAACAAAUCGCAAAUGCGUUCGUCGCGUGUGUGUGCGAACCUGAACAAAAUAUGCUGAAAAAGCUUUCGUGUUCGCAGCUGGCGCAGGCGGAAACUGUUGCUGCAAGCGUCGCCGACGUUGAUGAGCAGCAAGCAGCAGCGCAGAUCUGCGCCACUAUAGUAAUAAUAAUACCAACAACAACAAUAAUUCAACUGAGGGGCUCAUGAAUCACACAGCGACGAGGCAGUCGCUGUUUUGUUGUUUUGCGAAUUUAUAAAUUCGCGUUCUGGACGAAAAGCCGUGUAAAGCGCACAAACAAAUAGACAACAACAGCACCAACGACAAAGGCAAGCCAUAAUAAUAAUAGCACUUUUGCUUUCGGCCUCAACUGGUUUUACUACCCAGAGACGGGCACAGACAGACAAAGAGCACCACCACCACCAGCCAGGCCAGAAGAGCCCAACAAACCGGGCGCCCCAAAAGUAGCGUCGUCGUCGUCGUCUCCGUGCUGUUGUCUUGAUUCUUGGCUCUUACUUUGUUGUGUUUUGCUGCUUCGUCUUCUUCUUUAUUGCCGUAUUCUUUGUGGUCUCGCAAUUCGCAUAAAAUAACUAAAGAUUCUGUCGUAGAGCACAGCUUAAGUUGCGCAUGCGCGCAACUUUAACAUCAACACCAACGGCAACAGCAACACACAGUUGUUGCACAAACAUUCAGCUGCUGUUGGCUCUGCUAUUAAUUUUGUAUGAAAGCUAUUCAACAACAACUACAAUUACUACAGUUACCUGCCAACUACAACAACAAAAACUCGUACAUCACAAAAACGUACAAAUUUACCUUUAAAGAAAACAAUUAAAGCAUCAUAUUUCUACAAUGGACACCUUCCACGUACCUAUGUUAGCGGAGAGUAGCAGUAAUAUUGGUUAUGCCAACGAUGCCAUAAUUAGCAUCAAUAAUAAUAGUAAUAAUAACAACAAUGAUAACAGCAACAACAAUCACCAUCAAGUGCAAACGCACCAUCAGUUGCAGCAUCCGCAACAGCAUCAGCAACAGCAGCAGCAACAGCAACAAUUGCUGCCACAUCAUCACAAAGAUCAAAUGCUUGGGGCAGGCAGCACACCAAUGCUGCCUUUCAUCAACUAUGGCCAGAUGCAGCAGAAGGAGGACAGUGGUGUGGAGGUCACAGAUAACGCAGAUUUCGGUUGCAUGCAACCGAAUGCGUUGCAGCCAAUCGAUGGCAGCCACCUGGACGGGGGCAUUUCAUUGGGGGGUCUGUGCGAUCGCAUGUUUGCCAGCCCGAAUCCCCAUAACACCAACAAUCUGACCUUGAUGGGUGCCGGCAAUGUAGAGGCUAAGGCAAGUGUUAGCAGCGGCGGCGUCUCCGGCAGACCCUCAAGCGGUGGCGCUAUUGUCUUAGAAUCCGUAUCUGUGCCAUCUUUUGCCAAUUUAUUGUUCCCGAACCGUGCUCAGACACAGACGACCGACACUGUCAACAGCAUCGAUCCUGCGCUGCUGCAGAAGGCGCCGCCCACAACCGCCGUCGAGUAUCAUCAGCUGAAGCCUUUGGAGAAUCCCGCCACAUCAGCCCCUGGGCCCACCUCUAGCUUUCUCAGCUCAACGACUGCACAGUUGCUCGAAUUUGAUGUUGCCAGUACUGCGAAUACCAACAACAACAAUAAACAGCACUCGGAGGACGUUAGUGUAAUUCAAGUGCAUGGUCAGCGCAACAACAAUAACACCAACAACAACAACAACAACAGUAACCAUAAUAACAGCAACAAUAACUUGGCUGACAAUCACAUCAGCACCACAACAACUGCAACAACAAUAAUAAGAAACACUGCCAAUCAGCAACAGUCGUCCCAACAACAGCAACAGCAACAACAACAAAGAAAAUCGUUGCAUAGCAUUGAAGAAUUGGCUGCAAGUUCCUGUGGGCCUAAAACCUCGCCACACUCUCAGACGCCCACCCCCAACCACCACCACAGUAAUAAUAACAAUAGCGAUAAAAAUAACGCCAGCAUCAGUAAUCAUAAUAUUUGCAACAACCACAACACCAAUACUAACAAGAGCAAUAGUAGCGGUACACGGCAACAUCAACAACAACAACUGCAUGGACCGCACAGCGUUUCAAAUCUCAGUUCCGAAGAGGAGUCCAUGUCGGAGGAUGAAUUUGGCUUAGAAAUUGACGAUCAAGGAGGCUAUCAGGACACCACCUCGUCGCAUUCGCAACAGAGUGGUGGCGGCGGGGGUGGUGGCGGCGGCGGGCCAGGUGGAGGAGGUGGCACCAGUGCCACCAAUUCAGCGCUCCUCAAUGGCAGCGGCGGCAACGCUGUUGGUGCCGGUGGCUACAUGCUGCUGCCGCAGGCUGCCAGCUCCAGUGGCCACAUGCCCGGCAGCGUCGGUGGCGGUGGCAGCGGCACACACGGAACUCCAUGCGGCACCAGCGCCACCUCAGGCGUCAGUGGCGAGGCUAUCGAUUUCAAGCAUCUCUUCGAGGAGCUCUGCCCCGUCUGUGGGGACAAGGUGAGCGGCUAUCACUACGGCCUGCUCACCUGCGAGUCCUGCAAGGGUUUCUUCAAGCGUACGGUACAAAACAAGAAGGUCUACACCUGUGUGGCGGAACGUUCCUGCCACAUCGAUAAGACGCAGCGCAAACGGUGUCCAUACUGCCGCUUCCAAAAGUGUCUCGAGGUGGGAAUGAAGCUGGAAGCUGUUCGUGCGGAUCGAAUGCGUGGUGGACGCAACAAAUUCGGACCUAUGUACAAACGGGAUCGGGCGCGAAAAUUGCAGGUGAUGCGCCAAAGACAAUUGGCCCUUCAGGCACUGCGCAAUUCCAUGGGCACGGACAUAAAGCCGACGCCACUCUCGCCGGGCUAUCAGCAAGCAUAUCCAAAUAUGAAUAUUAAGCAAGAAAUUCAAAUACCUCAGGUAUCCUCACUCACGCAGUCGCCAGACUCAUCGCCCAGCCCCAUAGCCAUUGCCUUGGGUCAGGUGAAUGCCAGCACGGGCGGCGUGAUAGCGACACCCAUGAAUGGCGGCGGCAACGGAGGCGCUGUGGGCAAUGGCAAUAGCAACAACAACAGCAGCUCUGGCAGUGGUGGAGGAGGCGGCGGCAGUGGGGGCGGCAAUUUGGGCGGCAACACAAACAGCGGCGACGGCCUCCAGCGCAAUGGCGGCGGCGGCAACGGCAGCAGCAGUGGCAGCGGAUGUCACGAGGGCGGCACAGGAUCUCUGCAGAAUACAGCCGAAUCGAAAUUGUGCUUCGAUUCCGGCACGCAUCCAUCGAGCACAGCCGAUGCGCUGAUCGAACCACUGAGGGUCUCACCGAUGAUACGAGAAUUCGUGCAAUCCAUUGACGAUCGGGAAUGGCAGACGCAACUCUUCGCGCUGUUGCAGAAACAGACGUACAACCAAGUCGAAGUGGAUCUCUUUGAGCUGAUGUGUAAAGUGCUCGAUCAGAAUUUGUUCUCACAAGUGGAUUGGGCAAGGAAUACGGUCUUCUUUAAGGAUUUGAAGGUCGAUGAUCAAAUGAAGCUGCUGCAGCACUCCUGGUCCGAUAUGCUGGUGUUGGAUCAUCUGCACCAUCGCAUCCACAACGGACUGCCCGACGAGACGCAGCUGAAUAACGGUCAGGUCUUCAAUCUGAUGAGUCUGGGUCUACUGGGUGUACCGCAGCUGAGCGAUUACUUCAAUGAGUUGCAGAACAAGCUGCAGGACCUCAAGUUCGACAUGGGCGAUUAUGUGUGCAUGAAAUUCCUAAUUCUGCUGAAUCCAGAUGUGCGCGGCAUAAUUAAUAAAAAGACCGUCUUGGAGGGUCACGAGAAUGUGCAGGCGGCUCUGUUGGACUACACGCUGACGUGUUAUCCUUCAGUGAAUGAGAAAUUCAGGAGGCUAUUGAACAUACUACCCGAGAUCCAUGCCAUGGCGGCGCGUGGCGAGGAACAUCUUUACUCCAAACAUUGUGCCGGCAGCGCGCCCACCCAGACCCUGCUCAUGGAGAUGUUGCAUGCCAAGCGGAAGGUGUAAGGGGCGGGGCGGGGCGCUCUGGCCAAACAAUUAAAGCAUACUUAAAGAAAAAUUUCAAAAAUUUGUUGAGCGUAAAUGUGUAAAUAACCAAACAACCAAACAACUUCAACGCGUGCAGGCGCAGACAAAUGGAAAAUGGAAAAAAACAAAGGAAAAGGAAAGAAAGAAAACCAUCAUCACUACCAAUACCACCACCACUAUCAACAACAACAACAACAACACACCACCACUCACAUUCACACACAUAAACACACACACACACACACAUUUGUUGAUUCAAUGUUAAUUAUUAUUACAAACUAUUUUGUAUUAGCUCUACCAUUAUGUUUAACUAAUUAAUUAAUUAAUUAGCUUGUAAGCUUAAUUCGUCUUAAUUUGUAGUCGUUCGUCUAAAGCAAUUUUUAAAAACUAGACCGCAAAACGAAGAAGUAGGAGAACAUUAAGGAAAAGAUUAGGAGGAGGAGGAAGCAGCUUUCAAACAACAAUUAGGCUACUUUUUCUUUAGGCUUUAACACAGAGCAAACAAAUUUUAUUUUUUGAUAUGUACACUAUAUAUAUGUAUUAUACAUGCAUGCAUACAUAGAUAUAUGUACAUAUGUAUGUGUGUAUAUUUUUAUGAGAAUUGGCGUAACUUUUUAAAAACGUCCUACAACUACAACUUUUUUAUAUUAAAUAGUACAUUUUUUCAAUUCGUUUCGAAACUUUGCGCCAAGUGUCUUGCAAAUUUUAACUAAAUUCACUUACUAAGCAAAUUGAAAGGAGAGUUAAAAAUUAAAACCUAUUAUUAGCCACCACACAUACCACAUACAAAGAAAACAAAGCAAAUUAGGUGUGUUCAUUAUACAAAUACAUAUUUUAAUUUUGUUUGUCUCUUCUAAGCGUACGUUUAAAUGUUUAAAAAACAAUGCAAACAACUACCUACAACAAACAG